AUGAUUAAGUACGGUAUGGCUUUAGUGGGACAGAGUGUAACGACAAAUGAAAUCUCCAAACUCCAACGGAGGGCUGGAAUAAAUGUGACUGGAGUACUGGACACUGAAACCAAAAAAUUACUUGUGAUUCCUCGUUGCGGGGUCACAGAAGAUGACUACAAGGGUCAAGAGUAUGACAAAGGAAAAGGAAUAACGGAAAGAAGACGGAGGAAGCGUUUUACUCUCCAAGGAUCCACGUGGAAAAAAAAUGUGAGUGUUGCCGCGCAGGCUGAUUUAGCAACAGAACGGAAACGUCAGCUGCCGACUGGAGAACGCGCGGAAAGGACUAAACGCGAUUUGCCACUCUGCCAUUGGUCAGGCCGGUUGUUUGAUUUGCGCACGCCAUCGUCAACUGACGUUCCCGUUCUUUUGCUAAAUCGGCCUGGGACUUAUGACGCCUGAGCGAGCAUCUCUGUUGUACCCAUGCAACGGCAUUUCUUCAGACCAGCUUUUUUUAGAUCGAUUCUCUCGCGAAUUUUGACUGUGAAAUAAGUCUAACAAACGAAGCCGCGAAAACGGGAGAACGGAAAAUGGUAUUUUGUUAGCGCCGGUUUACUUUAUCUUUUUGUCAUUAUCGUCUUAUUGAUGCUAGAGUACGAGCAGUCUCUCUUUUUUCUGUAGUCCGUCCAGCAAAACGCGAGACACGCAAAUGGCCACGUGCGUGACUGAUGGCGCGAGACGGGAGAGGCCGCCCUCGUUUCGCGCGUCUCGCGGCUUCGCCGCUCCCGCGCGCGUGCAUUGCUCUCACUAAAUCUGAAGAAAAAGAGAGCUGCUCGCAGUCUAUAUUGAUGCCCACACAUACGGGGCGCUGCUUGCAUUUUCUUAGAGUAAAGUACUCCAAAAUGAUGCUAAAUUAACUCAUCUGUGAAAACGCGGAUUCAUGGUCGGUUGUCCUGUUUUUCUUUUUAUAUUAAAGCUUCCUUAUCAUCUAUGGAACUUAACGUUAGCGAAGAAAUUACUUGUAAAUGACAAAACACAGCUUCUUAUUUGAGACUUGUGCUAAAUAAAAACAAAAAUAAAUAAAAAACAAAAACCUGCAACUAAGAACUGGGUUUUUAAACGUGUUAAACUAAAAUUUGCCAGUUAGGGCCCCUCUUCACAAGAACCUGUUUAACCUAAAAUUUUGAAACAUAUUCUUAUUUUCUAAAAUCUACAAAAAAAAUUCUGCAUACUUGGGGAACAAUAAUAUAGGUCAGCAUUCAGGGUCCUCUUUAAGGAUAUAGCUGCCAUAUCACUCCAACUGGUACUCGGAUCAUACUGUGUUAUAAAAGGCAUAGGCUAAAUAUUUCUAAAUACUCUCAGCUACAAUGUUUUUUUUCUUCUUCAGAAAACAGCGAGCUCUUUAAGAACCUAUUUUAGCUAAAAUGUUUGCUCGCUUAUUGCCAUUUAUGUAAGAACCUGCUUAGGCUAACUUGGGAAAAUCCAAGUUCUUGGUCGAGGGCUUUUACAGAGUCAAAGAGACAAUAGGGCCAUUUAUACGAGGAAAAAUAAGACACGUCUUACAUAAGACGCGUCUUAAAUAAGACGCGAACUGUACCAUUUAUACGAGCAUGUCUUAUCUAAUAAGACGCGUCUUAGCUAAGCCGCGUCUUAUUUUAGACGAAAUGUGCCGUUUAUACGGAAAGUUCGCGUCUUAUUUAAGACGCGUCUUAUGUAAGACGCGUCUUAUUUUUCCUCGUAUAAAUGCCCCUAUUUUUCAAAAUCCCUUCACUUUUCCUUCUAGGAUUUGACCUACCGAUUUUUAUCCAGCACAGCAGACCUUCCUGUCGAUAUUCAACAAAACAUUCUGAGGAAAAUGAUCAACAAAUGGGCAGAAGUGAGCACGCUGACCGUUCGUGAAGCGGACUCGUCAGCCAGUGACAAUGAUGUGGAUAUUUUGAUUUCUUUUGUGAGAGGCUUCCAUAAUGACCCCUAUCCGUUUGAUGGUCAAGGAGGAACGCUGGCGCAUGCGUACUAUCCACACAACAACUUAGGUACAGGGUAUAGUUCCAGGAAAUAUCCACACCUUCCACACGUAGGGCACUUUUGUUUUAGUCUCCCCACCCGCCCCCCGCCCCAUGGAAUUUCCGUUCACUAUCGCGAAGGGCGUGAGAAACAAAACAUUCCCCAAGCCAACAGUAAAUAAAAGAUCAUCAAUGAAAAAAUACUCUUGAGUAAAACCACUGGUUUAGUAGUAAAACAAAUGAUAGCUCGCUCAACAGACCAUGAGCUAUGGUAGUUUUCAUUAACCCAGCAAUCUCAUUUGGAACCCCGGAAAAAAUGACCUCGAAUAGCCUCCCCCAACCCCUCGGAAAUGCCUCUUUUUGAACCGCCCUCCACUUAGAAUCUCCUUUGCCCUAGCCUCUGCAUGAAUUGCAGCGUUUAAUGUACAUAAUAUGACGGUACCGAAGAUCGGAAUGAUUUUAAAACACAGAAAUAAGCGCACAUGAGGUCUCAAAGUGGACGAAGAUAGUAUUUUCUCUAAAUAUACUGGGAAUCCCAGAAGGCGCCUUUAUAUCUGGCAUUGACCCAUGGUGGAGUAAUGUACAAGUUUUGCGAGGCUGCGAGCGAGCUAGAGUUUUGCCUUUUUUAAAUAAAAGCUAUUUUUUAACGGGAUAUUUUAGGAUUAUCUGGUGAUGCCCAUUUUGACGAUGAUGAGCGAUUCACAACAGGAACAAGCGACGGUAUAAACCUGGACUGGGUGGCGGUUCAUGAGUUCGGACACAGCAUGGGACUGGAACAUUCCAACGUACGGGAAUCCAUCAUGUAUCCUUGGUACAAAGGAUAUUUCCCAAAUAUCGAACUGACUGAAGACGAUAUUUUAGGGAUACAAGCACUUUAUGGUAAGUUGAAACAUUUCUAGUGUAAAGCCAACUGUAGAUAUCUAUGACGGCGAAAUGCAGACGAGCCGGUUAGGUAUGUAAAAGUGUUUUCUGGAGUAUUUGGAUAAUCUACUUGUGAUGAAGUACCGUAAUGUCAAUCACUUUUAUUCAAGGAAAUGUAAUACUAUCACUUUUCAGAGAUCUUUUUGUAUAGGUAAUAGCAUGAUUUGUAGUGAUAUUUGGCAUAUAUAGCACGAAUGAUAUUUCAAAAAAUAUUGUUAUACGUAAUUUCACGAGCCGUUAGACGAGUGAAAUUUGAGACAAUUUUGAAAUAUCACAAGUGGUAUUAUGCCAAAUAUCACGUAGAAAUCAUGCUAUUAUUUGUUUUUUCUACUACCCGCAAAAAGUUUGUAAUUUUCAAAUGUAGGUAUUUCAAAUUAAGCUGAAAUACCCCUGCUCUAAGCCAAUCAAAUUGCAGAAAUUUUUCAUGUAGUAGUAUGAUUAAUAGAACCACCACAAUCUGGAACACGCUAGCAAGUGACCUUCAACUUUCAGAUCAGCCAAUUCAAAUCCAUCAUGUACAAGUACUACGUGGAUGCCGUAGAACAUUACUACGAUCCAGAGAACCCACGAUCCUGGAAAACCAUCUGUCCGUCAUUUAACGUUUCACGUAACGUGUUUGUCCGUCUCCGUUGUUGUCUUUAAUUGUCAUAUGACGUUUUACUGUUUCUUUCAUAUCUUUUAAGCUCUGGGACCACUGUAAUUGGCUCACCGCUGUUGUGGCAACCCUGCCUAUUAAGCAUUAAUCAUUCAUUGUUCAGUAAUAGGCGAAGCUAAUAAAAAAUAAAAUGAUUUGAAUUUUCUGCUCAACUUAUCACGGUUUUUGCAUUUUUCUGCCGCCUGUCAGACUACGCCGAGCUCAUCCAGGUAUAGUCUGAAAGAUCUCUACUUCCAGCACAAGUCAAAUGUCGCGCGGGUAGUUAUAGGCGGUUCAGCUGUGAAUGGUUCAGCCAAAAGGAUAAAAUUUGUCUUUCCCGGCCUUCUUCCCCUGAUUUGGCGUCUCAUACACCUCAUAGAUUGUUAUCUUUAAAAUUCUCCAAAUGUUACGCGAUAAUCUUAAGUCACCCUAAAGCCUUCAAUUGGUUUCCUUCUGCAUCUUGUGAGCAAAACUUACAGUUGUACUGAGACGUGCAGGUAAACAGACGUUACACAUCCCCUCGUGCUUUCUUGCGUUUAGGUAAACCUUUUCAGGCUCACCCGAGCGCUUGUUUACAUAUUAUGUAUUUAAUCAUUUUACGCCACUUCAGGCAAACCAACCCCAGCAACAACCACAGAGACACCAACAACUCAACCAGAAACAACGACAAAGGCGACUACCACUGAGACACCAACAACUCAGCCAGAAACAACAACAAAGGCGACCACCACAGAGACACCAACAACUCAACCCGAAACAACAACAAAGGCGACCACCACAGAGACACCAACAACUCAACCCGAAACAACAACAAAGGCGACCACCACAGAGACACCAACAACUCAACCCGAAACAACAACAAAGGCGACCACCACAGAGACACCAACAACUCAACCCGAAACAACAACAAAGGCGACCACCACAGAGACACCAACAACUCAACCAGAAACAACAACAAAGGCGACCACCACAGAGACACCAACAACUCAACCCGAAACAACAACAAAGGCGACCACCACAGGGACACCAACAACUCAACCCGAAACGACAACAAAGGCGACCACCACAGAGACACCAUCAACUCAACCAGAAACAACAACAAAGGCUACUACCACAGAGACACCAACAACGCCAACGACAUCUGAGCUGGAAAUUUGUAAAGUUAAGAAGUUUGACUCCUUUGUGAUGGGAUAUGAUGGAAAAACCUAUGUUUUCAGUGGAGAUUUUUUCUGGGUGCUGUCAGAAAGACUCAAGGUGGAAAGCGGUCCAACGAAGAUAACAUCAAAAUGGAAGGAAGUCAGAACCCCUAUAAACAGCGCUUACAUUAACUGGCAUGGACGUACAGUGUUCUUCACAGGAAGCGAGUAAGUAAAUAAGAUCUAACUUUGAGGACGCUGUGUUUUUGGAUAAAGUAUUAUUGGUUUGGGUAAGGAAGAGCGAAAAACAACGACAGCGCAAAAGACGGAAGAACCCCAAUUAGGGAGAUAAAAACGCGUAGAUUUGCAAAAUAAUAAUGCAAACGCGAAAUAAUUUUAAACUGGGGUUGCAUGAGUCACUAGAAUGGAAUUGCACAUAUUCGGGAUUUGGGGAAUCAGAAAAUUCAGUGAGGUACAGACUGUUUACUUCAUUAAGUUUAACCGAUGUGUCAAUUCCUUUCCGGAUGACCAGGUUAAAAGGCUUUAUAAAGUAGAUGCAUAAACAGAAAGUUACUAAGUUGGGAUCGCGAAAAUUUCAUUUUGCCAGAAGUGACUAAGAUGGGGUCUAUAUUUGGUCACAGAAUAGACUAUAAUGGGGUAGGGGUUCUGAGAGGCCAGCGGCACAUACCCAGCAAAAAUUAACCCAAGUAACCCCCCGGGAGAGAAUUCUUCUCUUUGGUUUAUAGAUGCUGAAGUUGUUUUCGCAAGGUAACUUUGCGGUAACUCCCAUCAAUCAGUAGAGUUCUCUAGCUGUGUAUUUAAACAGGGUGAUUUUGUUAAUGCUUUUAUACAUGUACAUGUAUAUGGUGCUUUCCAAAACAGAUACAAGAUUCAAAUUUGAUUCAAUUUUUUUCCUGUCACAGGUAUUGGAUGUAUUUUGACUAUAGACUUGAAGAAGGUCCCCUAUACUUAACCCAAUACGGAGGUCAUGAUGGCCUGCCCUCAGCGUUGGAGAAUAUGGACGCUGCUUUCAUUUGGGAGAAGAAUUAUAAGGCUUAUUUUUUUAAAGGAUGGGAAUACUGGCGUUACGAUGAGAUCUCCAAAACAGUAGAUCCUGGCUACCCAAGAAACAUUUCAAUUUGGGGUAAGUGUCUUGUAGUCUUUGUUACCAUUGAGGGCUCGUCGAGAAAGAAAAAAUUGACGGUCGAUCCUCGAAGGAAGAACACAUCUUAUUGUCAUUCCAAGUAAAUGUUUCUUCCUUUUCAUUGGCCAAGAGCCCACCACGUGACCUGUAAAUAACUGCCUACAAAUAAUGGUCCGCCCAUGCGCAAUGUCGUCCAAGUGUGUUUGGCUGCAAAAAAUAUUCUGCUCAUACGUAUAUUAAACCACGCUUUCCUCAUUCUUGCGAUCGCUCUUGCGUGAAAACGGCAGAUCGCUUCGCUAGCCUUUCAAAGACCGAUUUGGCAUGUUUAAUCGAAUGAUAAAACAAUUAUUUAACUCGGUUUUCGCAAAAGAACGUGAUUUAUCAGUGUCUAGCAGAUCAAUUAUUUGCUGAAGCCUAACAAUUGAUCUGCUGGCCACUGACAAAUCACGGUAGUUUACUCAACCUCGUCCAAUAAUCAUUCAAUUAUUGACAGCUAUAUGAUUGACGAUCCAAAUCCUUGUUUUUUUUAAGUGUUGAUCUCCUCUGCAUUCAACAAAUAACAAGUUAUUCCCUUAUUUCCGACAAAAUGUACGCAUCGUUCUAUUCAACGCUACUAUUUAAUUGAUUUUUUCCUUUCAGGUCUCCCUCAUCCCAUGGAUUCUGUUAUGUCCUGGAGUGGAAAUAAGAGAACGUAUUUCUUCAAAGAUGAGAACUAUUGGAGGCUCGAUGACAGAUUGCUGAAGUUUGACAAGGGAUAUCCCCGCGAUAUCACUCAAAUAUGGAUGAGCUGCCCUACUUAAGAAGAGGAAUUAUUUUUAGAUUCAGCAAGCAUUUAUCGGAAUUCGAUAAGCGCAGUAGAUAUCAUAAUGUGCUCGGGAUAUAUAUAAUGCAUACAGCAGUUUUUGUUUAAAAUGCACCAGUCAACGAUGUAUGAUGCUCGGUAAAAGCUGGCGUGAGGGCUGCAGUCCUAAUAAUCAUCGUCGCGUGUUAACGUUACCGUGCUUGAAGGCAAGAGAAAUGUGUAAAAGCUAAAUAUAUUGAGCUAAGUUCCCAAUAUCAAGGAUGUUAUUUUCACUUAACAAAGUCUGCUAUAGUAUUACCAACAAGCCAUUGUCACUUAAUGUUUUAUAAGUCUGCUAAAAAUGUUCAAAAUGUUCGAAAAAUUAAACUGUAAAAUCGUCAGCGUCAUUUGCCAACUUACUGUGUUACUUGGCACAAAGCUUUUUCAACAAAAAGGAUCUUCAAGGGGCCAUAAAAGCUUGCCCAACCAUCCCAGAUUGGUGGUCUUUAAGGGUUUGCAGUUAAUAAUAUCACUUCCAAUUUUCGGGUGUUUCUUGGUCUUGCUGAUAAAUAUUGUUAGUUCGCUUUUGUGUUGUGGUGUGGGUAUUGUUCCUUGUCUUUUCAAUCUUUUGUAUUACGUCGUUUGGUGAUUGCACCCGUCCUCAAAACCAAGAACCUCUUCCGGUUCCACAUGCGAACACCUCCCCCACCCCUCCCAAGAAGAGAGCGUCAAAGUGCGAUACCCUUCGGUUUGCGCCCGCCGUUGUGAUCAAGAUGUUCUUUUGUUUUGCUCCGUUAUCUGUUGAUGACACCCACAAAUUAUCUCUCGUGUCAUAAUGCAUGUUUCAAAUGCUAAUGUAUUAAAAAAAUGGUUUGUUUGUCAUUUAAUCUGCAAAAGUUAAUACCGUCACCAUUUGGCCCUGUCUACGUCACGUCCGCAAAUCUUUCAAACCUUCGACACAGCAUAACCUCUCCAGGUUGCCAUCUUCUGAGACAGUCCUUAGUCGCCAUUCACAACGCAAUGGAACUUCAGAAGAGUUGGAUGCAGCAGGUUGUCAUUUUUUCUUUUAUUUUUCGAUGGUGCGGCGACCGCAGCUUUGCUUUACCUAUCCGCGGCGGCAUGAGUGUAGAACCGUCCGAAGAACAAGUUGACAGGGUCACUCUUGAAGAUGCCAGGGUAAGUCAUGAACAGCUUGCACAAAUGCUAUAGGGUUAGUCAUUAAUAAGCGAGGAAAAGGUAUACUGAGUUAAGCCACUGCAUGGCUGCCGCAUCGGACUCGGGUUCGAACGUUAAUAUAAUACCGAUAAAACCCAUCGUCACAACAACAUUCCGUCCAUGAUCGUGGGACAGACGUGGUAUAAUAAGAGCGUCUCAAUUUCACUGUAGACUUAAUGUUUCUUUUGUGAGAGGAUUCUUCCUAGAGCAGCAAUGCGUGACGAGAGAACUGCUGGCUGCGUGGUCACACUACACACUGUUAAAUGCAAGUCAGAGAGUACUUUUUCUUGUGCCUUUUUUGAAAAGUUAACCUCGAAAACGUUUAAAGAAAUAAACAAAAAUAAACUCAGUCGCUUUAUUACUUCAGAUAAGGUUUUAGAAAUUCUUUUCCUUUUCAAUAAUGGCUUUUCAUUUUAAUAACAAACCGACAAAAAUCUCCUCAGAAAAUGGCAAUUAAUAGAAAAGAAGCGAUUUUUUGAAACAUUUGCCUAUGAAAAAAUUCGAUAAAAUUUUUCUUAAAACAUUUUGAGAAAUUAAAAAAAACGAAAAUAGCAGAUUUAUGUUUUAUAGAACAUUCAGUUCGAACGCCAUUUUCCUUUGACUUAAUAAAGAAGUUAAGACGAGCACGUCAAAACGUUGUCAUUUUUUUAACGUUUUUUUAAAUGUCUUAAAAUGUUUUAAGCAAAAUCUUAUCGCAAUUUUUAUACCCAAACACGAAGAUUAUAAUUAUCAAUAUUAUUAUCAUGAUAGCAAUAAUCAGAUUAUUUUCUUAUUUUAGCAUUGGAUGAUUAAGUACGGUAUGGCUUUAAAGGGACAGAGUGUAACGACAAAUGAAAUCUCCAAACUCCAACGGAGGGCUGGAAUAAAUGUGACUGGAGUACUGGACACUGAAACCAAAAAACUACUUUUGAUUCCUCGCUGCGGGGUCACAGAAGAUGAUUUCAAGGACCAGGAGUAUGGUACGAAACGGAGGAAGCGUUUUACUCUCCAAGGAUCCAAGUGGAAUAAAAGGGUGAGUGUUGCCGCGCACGACACAGAGACAGGAACUCAUGACCCGGAUAGAGCAUCUCUUUUGUACCCAUGCAACGGCGUUUCUUCAGACCAGUUUAUUUUUAGAUCAAUUCUCCCGUGAUCUUUGACGGUCAAAUAUGUAAGUCAAACAAACCAGGCAGCAAAAACGGGACACUAGAAAAUCGUAUUUCUGAUGUUUUGAUAGCAUCUACUUUAUGUUUUUGUCAUUAUCGUACUACCGAUACACGCACAGACGCCAUUUUCGCGGGGAAAAGUAAUCCAAAAAGAUUUGACUUUAUUUCAAAGAGACAAUUUAACGAUUUUCAAAAUCCCUUCACUUUUCCUUCUAGGAUUUGGCUUACCGAUUUUUAUCCAGCACAGCAGACCUUCCUGUCGAUAUUCAACAAAACAUUCUGAGGAAAAUGAUCAACAAAUGGGCAGAAGUGAGCACGCUGACCGUUCGUGAAGCGGACUCGUCAGCCAGUGACAACGACGUGGAUAUUUUAAUUUCUUUUGUGAGAGGCUACCAUAAUGACCCCUAUCCGUUUGAUGGUCAAGGAGGAACGCUGGCGCAUGCGUACUAUCCACACAAUAACUUAGGUACGUAUCUCGUGGAAGAAUGCCCCUAGUUCAUAACCUCAAGCGUAAUAAUUAAUUAAGCGUUAAUUUAUACUUCAUUAUUGCUAUUAAUUUACAGUCCUCGCCAAGUACCCCUGCGAUACUCACGCUUACCUAUUGAUAUUAAAGUGACAACCAGAAGCGCAUUGCUUCUUGAAACAAAAGAUUAAUCUGUUGUUUCACUCGUUACAAAUUUGGAUUCAAAAAAACAAUGUCUCCUAUCCUAUAUGGGAGCGGAAAUAAAUAUAGUUUCCAUUUAAGACAGAGCUAUUUUUCAACGAAUAUUUCAGGAUUAUCUGGCGAUACUCAUUUUGACGAUGAUGAGCAGUUUACAACGGGUACAAGUGAAGGUAUAAACCUUGACUGGGUGGCGGUUCAUGAGUUCGGACAUAGCCUGGGUCUGGAACAUUCCAACGUACGGGAAUCCAUCAUGUAUCCUUGGUACAAAGGAUAUUUCCCAAAUAUCGCGCUGACUGAGGACGAUAUUUUGGGGAUACAGGCACUUCACGGUAAGCAAAGGGAAAAUGAUUCCCAGGGAAAAGCAAACGCGCAUUUGUCUAUAUUUUUCAUUAUAGUUACUUUUCUCUGAUACCAUGGGUACCAAAGGUAUUUUUCUUGAUUGCGGGUGGAUUCUUCGGUGUCGGUCGCAGGCCGACAGAUGUUCGGCCGAAGUCACGCGCGGCGAAGCCCGACUGAUGACGGAAACCGGGACCCGCGCAUGAAAAGUCUCUGGCACCCAGGAUAGUUUUCUGUUACCAGUGCUUACUUUUCUGGUGAAUCCAAAGUACGAUGAAACUUUCUGGGGUGUCUAUUUUUUAGAAUACGCGAAAAAACUAUCAGGCAAUUCUCGUACAAGUCUCCACGAAUCUUAAGGCCUCUUAAACUAAUUUCUUGUGUAAGACACGUAUGUUGUGGACGGCAAGUAAAUCGCUUUCGAAGCGAGCUUAACUUGCAAGCCAAAUUAUCCAAAUAUCGCAUCGCAUUAGAGUAGUCGAUACUUUUCCCCAUCUAGUGUCUCCUCAUGUCUUUUGAAUAUCGGGUAUUUAAUUAAAGAGAGUCAUUUUUGUCAAUCGUCGUUCGCAGUUUCAUACAUUUUCAUACACAGUACUUUGACGAUCAGAAAGAUCUGUACUGUCCGGUUGAAACAUGAACAAACUAGCAAAAUGACAAAGUUUAUUUGUCUAUUUAUAUAUAUUCACUUAAAAUUUUAGUAUAAUGAACUAGUACGCAAGUACAUGAUUUUACGAGAUAGAAAAAGGUUAUUCAACCUGCCCUAUCACCUAUUUCCAAUUGAAAUUUAAAAAUACAAAAAAGACAGCAUUCAGUGACUAUUCAAGAGAUCCCAUUAGUGUAUGAUCUUUGGUACUGCCAAAAGGCUUCAUACAUUGAAUGGAAGACAACUAGCCUUGACUGUACACGGAACACUGAUUAAUACCACGUCAUCCUCUAAAUACUUGGGUGUAAACUUGGAUUCAUUCUUAAAUCUCGAAUCACAUUUUGACAAAAUGUAUAAAAGAGCAGCUGGAAGAUUUAAUUUACUCAGGAGAAUCCGACCUUUAAUCGACAAGAGCAGUGCUGAGAAAAUCUACAAAGCAAUGAUUCAACCUGUUUUUACGUAUUGUUGAACUUUGGGUCUCUGUUGGUCAUGUUCCCGUAAGAGUCGAAUUGAAAGCAUUGAACGUCGAAGUCAGAAAGUCAUUGGUGGAAAUUAUCAAGUCCAGACAGUGGCGAGUUUAAUAAAGAGACAGUCCUGCCAGCUUGUGUUUGAUUGUCUUCAGGAUAACGUCUGUACCCCUUUUAAAGGAUAUUUUGCAAAAAUUGAACACAACAUUAACACUAGAAACAAUGGGUGUUCACUAAAACUUCCCAAAGCCAAAUUAGAAUCUGGACGGAGAAGUUUUGCGUUUCAAGGGGCUCUAGUUUACAAUACUUUACCUCGGCAUUUAACAAAUUAAAUUAUAGUUUUCGUUUUAAGAGUUAUUUAAAAGAGUUUUUUCAAUAGUAUUCCCUAAUUCACAACUCUUUUCAAUCUUGUAAGUCGAUGAUUUUUACAGAUUUUGAUUUUUAAAUCUUAGAUUUCUUAGUGUUAUUUUAUUUUAUUUUCCUUUUUCGAUUUUCUUCUUUAUUUUUUAGCUAUUUAUGAGAUAAUUACAGGACCCUUUUGAUAACAGUUCUUUAUAUUAGAAGUGAUAGGUUAUCCUGUAUUAUUAUUAUUAUUAUUAUUCGCGUUAUUAUUAUUAUUAUUAUUAUUAUUAUUAUUAUUAUUAAAGGCUUUUUAAUUACGGCGUUUUACAAUUGAUUGCUUUUAGGUAAACCGACUCGAACUUCUACUCCUUCACCGACUGGAACACAACCAGACAUGACUACUGGAACCGCUACUACCGGAGGUAGUACAUCAGCCAAAGCUAUUCCUCUUCCGGUUUUGGACAUUUGCAAAGUCUUGAAGUUUGACUCGUUUUUGAUGGGAUUUGACGGAAAAACUUACGUUUUUAGCGGGGACUAUUUUUGGGUCCUUGGAGAAAAGACUUGA